UUUGUUGAAUGUCUCAGUGAUGAUGCACGAUUUUCUCGAGCACAAAGAAAUAAGUGUGCUCAAUCUCCGAUUUAGGUUAAUUUUUCCGGGUGUACAGUUUGAGGAAAACCCCUUCAAAGGAGUUUCGCAAAAGUGCUGUUUUGAAUCGGCAAGUUAAGUGGGUGGGGAUGGGGAGAUAACGAAAACUACGGAAAUUUUGGAACACUUGAAAUUCAUUCUUCCCUUUGAAUUUGAAACUUUAAAGAUACCUGAGCGACUGUAUGGUUUAAUUCUCUGUAACCGAGCCCAAACCAAAAUAUGCGAAAGCACAAAGUUGCGAGUCAGUUAAAUUAUUUUUGGUGGUUAAAGUAUCUGUGAACAGUUGCUUCCUGACGAUUUCGAAAUGGAGAAGCUUAACUACUAUGUUUUGUGUUUUCUGCUGCUGACAAGUUAUUCCGCGUCCGAUGUGCAGAAAGAUGGGAAAGCGGAAACAGCGGCGGAGGCGGAGGCGCGACUCAAUCGGCUGAGCGAGGAAGUUCGGGCCGUCCUGGAGCACUACAAGGACCCGGAUCCCGUGGGACUCCCCAAUGACCCCGUCCCGGACCCGAUGCCGAUCCCGGACAUAAAACACUCCUUCUCUCUCCACACCAUGACCCUCCGCAACAUCACCGUCCACGGCCUCUCCAAGUUCCGCAUCGACAACGCCUUCUCCGAUCUCGUCGACAUGCAGGUAUCGAUGGGCGUGAAAAUGGACAACCUCAUGGUUUUCGGGAACCACACGAUAUCGACAUGGCUAUCAUCCUCCUCGGGUGGUUUCAACGUCACGCUAGUCGGGAUCUACAUCGAGGCGAUUGCCAUGUUGGAGGUUGCCCGGGGUGGGUACUUGGAGGCGACCGACAUCAAGAUGGACAUCGUCUUCCAGGACAUCGAGAUGGACUUCCAGAACCUCGGGCUCAUGGGCUCAUUCUUCCAGGGCAUGAUCAACACGGUUGGCACGUUCAUCUUCGACAGCAUCAAACCUUACAUCCUCUCGCAGAUUAACCUCCAGGCGGGCAUCAACAAGAACCUCCGCGACAUCCCUCAGACGUUCCCGAACUCGAUACCGCCCCUGGACCUGGCCGUGGCCGAGGGUCGCAAAUACGUGCGCGGGAAAGGCUUCGACCCUUACAAGAUCGCCGACUACCACUACUCCUCGCACCUCCUCACCCUGGACAUCACUCACACCUGGCUCUACGGCCUGGCGUCCUUCUACCGGGUCGGCAACAUCACCGCCCAGAUGGAGAAGAACGCCCUCGACAUCGUCGUCCACGUCGGGACACAGAAGCUCGAGGGCACGUGCCAAUGGGAGGCCUCGACUUUGAUGAGCUUCUUGUCCAAGAACGGGAUGACGAGCUUCUCCAUCGACUAUUUUCACGUCUACGCGAGGAUCAACCAGACUUUGGACACGAGGAAUCAUCCCAUGUUAACGGACUUACAGCUCAAACUGGGGAACAUCCAGCUGCGAAUGGAGGGAACGGGAACGCUGGACUACGUUCUGGAGUUGCUGGUGAACGUGCUGCCCAACGUUUUGCGGUAUCAGAUCAUGGACGCCGUGGAGAUCCCGUUGAAGAGGCGGAUUCAGGAGAUCCUCAAUUCCAUUGACGUUUCCAAGUUGAUCGAGGAGAAUAUGAAUAAUCUGGUGGCGUCCAAGAAGAACAGGACGGAUGUCCAGUCCGUCACCUCGAAGCCUUUCGACGAGGAGGGUCUGGUCAUACACGGCAAAGCUUUGAACGAGGACAUGAACCAGAAUGUGAGCAUUAUUGCUAGGUGAUGCAGGCAUCGGUAAAUUAUGACCGUAUCUACAAUCUUGAUAACGACCACUGGUAAAAAUGUGUGAAUUUUAAAAAGUAAACUUUUGAUAAGACUAAGUUCAAGUUGUGGUUAGACUCACGAGUCGUUCAGACAGAGGCACUGGCGGAUCCAGCAUAUUAGCAACAUUGUCUUUUCUCCGUUUAAAUCCAAGGAAAUAUAUCGAUUCUUGAGGGAGCCAAGGACUACGACAAAAGUCGAUCAUUUAGGAUAGGUUUAAAUGGAGGAAAUCCGGUGUUGCCAAAUUGCUCGAUCCGCCUCUGGAGAGGAAGUGAUUUAGCCAACGUAUUUUAAAAUUCAGUGAAAAAUAAAAUUCUCAUUUUAGCUGGCAAAGGUGUUAAAUAUAAUAUAUCUUUCAGGGAAAGCCGUGCUCGAAUGAGAUUUUUCCCUCUUUGGCAAGAAAUUCAGUUUUUUACUGGUUUUAAUGCACGUUUACUAAAUCAUCGACACUUACAAAGUCUGUUUAAUUGUAUGUUUUAAGGAACAUUUGUUGGAUAUUUUUUAGAGUAAAAUUUAUAAUACGUCAAAUUUGAGUACAAAAAACUUUGGAGGACCCAUAAAAAGGUGACGCCCAGUUUUUUGACCUCAAAAUGUUGAUAACAUGUUAAAAGACUCUGUUUUGCUAGAUUAAGUCGCACAUUCGUUCAGAGAAAUUUCAUUUGGUUAGUACCUAAGUUGCUUCAAUUCCUCAUGCCUUAAUUGCAUUUCAUUGCUUUUUAAUUUAUUUUGUUUAUUUUUACGUCUAAAUAAUUUUUUUUUACAAAUUGAUAAUCAGCGGAAUAAAUCAAAUUACGAUCAGUAUUACAGGAAAAAA